AUGAGUACCUCCCUCGACUAUCUCAAGCAGACUGGCACCGUCGUUGUCUCCGACUCCGGCGACUUCGAGUCCAUCGAUGCGUACAAACCUCAGGAUGCUACUACGAACCCCUCGUUGAUCCUGGCAGCUGCCAACAAGCCUGGAUACGCCCGUCUUAUUGAUGCUGCGAUAAAGCACGGUAAGGACAAGGGCGGGUCGCUCGAGGACCAGGUCAACGCUGCUACAGACAGACUGCUUGUUGAGUUCGGCAAAGAGAUAUUGGCCAUCAUUCCUGGCCGUGUAUCGACGGAAGUCGAUGCGCGCCUGUCAUUUGACAAGGAAGGUACAAAGGCAAAAGCCAAAGAACUCAUCGCUUUGUAUGAAUCAGUGGGUAUCAAGAAGGAGCGUAUCCUCAUCAAGAUUGCUUCUACCUGGGAGGGUAUCCAAGCAGCGAGGGAGCUUGAGCGCGACGAUGGUAUUCACUGCAACCUGACACUGCUCUUCGGCUUCGCGCAAGCAGUCGCUUGUGCCGAGGCUGGUGUUACUCUUAUCUCCCCCUUCGUCGGACGCAUCCUCGAUUGGUACAAGAAGAAGACUGGAAAGACUUACGAGGGUGAUGAAGAUCCCGGCGUCCAAUCCGUCAAGCGCAUCUUCAACUAUUACAAGCAACACGGCUACAACACGAUUGUUAUGGGUGCGAGUUUCCGUAACAUCGGAGAGAUCAAAGCUCUCGCUGGUGUUGAUUUCUUGACGAUCGCUCCUGCUCUCUUGGAGGAGCUUAAGAAAUCCGGCGACCAAGUUCCUAAGAAGCUUGAUUCUUCCGCAGCUGCGCAAGCCGACCCGAUUGCCAAAGUCACCUACAUCGACAACGAACCCGAAUUCCGAUGGGCCCUUCUUCAGGACGAGAUGGCUUGGGAUAAGCUGCAUGAGGGUAUCAAGAAGUUUGCAGAGGAUGGCCAGACUCUUAAGGACCUCUUGAAGAAGAAGUUGAGUUCGGCCUAA